GUGAAGAUGGCGACAGACUGGAAGACCGUCGCCCUUACGUGCGGUUUAAUUUGUUUGUGUUUUGUGGCAGUACCCAUACGCUUCGAUAAGCCAAGCAGUCAAAGUAAUUUGUCUCUCUUCAAAUCAUAUGUCCACCGCUUCAAUAAAACUUACAAUGCCACCGAGUUCGAAGUCAGAUACGCCAAGUUCCAGGAAACUUUGAGAUUCAUUGAUGAGCUAAAUGGAGAUCGUACAUCAAAUGACAGUGCACGAUAUGGCCUCACAGAAUUCUCUGAUAUGUCACGAGAAGAAUUUCUUGAUCGCAAACUUCAGAAACAUCUGCAUAAACGAUUGCACUCUCAUAACAGACAUCACUCUAAUAAGAAUGAAUCAUCUACAAUAAAUCACAUCAAAAAGAGAUCAGUUGAUGGUUUACCAGAUGUAGUAGACUGGCGCACGAAAGGUGUUGUUGGUGCUGUCCGAAAUCAGAAAACUUGUGGAGCCUGCUGGGCCUUCAGCACUGUUGGAACUAUCGAAUCAAUGGCAGCAAUGAAAACUGGCACGGUUGAAGUUCUUAGCGUACAGGAGAUAAUUGAUUGUGCCGGUUACGGUAAUCUUGGAUGUAAUGGUGGUGACACAUGCAGUCUCCUGUAUUGGCUCAAGCAAAAUAAUAUUGCCAUUGAACCUGAAAAGCAGUAUCCACUGAACUGGAAAACCAACGCAUGUGCACUUAAAGGACCAGAAACAGGCGUAAGGAUUGCAAGUUAUACCUGUAGCAGUCUUGUGGGACGAGAGGACAUUAUGGUCUCUAUGCUUGCUAAUCAUGGACCCAUCAUUGUUGCUGUAAACGCCCUGACAUGGCAACAUUACCUAGGAGGGGUGAUCCAAUUUCAUUGUGAUGGUUCUUUAGACCAUAUUAACCAUGCUGUGCAAAUUGUUGGGUAUGACCGCACAGCUGCCAUCCCACACUACAUUGUCCGUAACUCGUGGGGAACAGCAUUUGGUGACAAUGGUUACUUGUACCUGGCCAUGAAUAGUAAUAUGUGCGGUGUGGGAACAGAAGUUGCAUCUUUAGAUGUUCUGCUUUAAAAUGAGAAUGUAAUGUGGUUGAUGUCCUUACAGUACCAUGGCAAGUCAAUUUUUUUGGCUUGUUAGACCAGAGGAUUUAACCAUAAUAAGAUAGGCUCCAUGCAGGAUACCAUGGAAAAAAAAUUAGUAUCCAUGAUAGCUCUCUUCAGUAGGGUGGUGUAGAUGAUCUAGCACCUUGCCCCUUACAUUUUAACAAAUUGUUGUUGUUUUUAAUGUGUUUUUAAAAAUUUGAUGCUCAAGAGGCAGCCUUAUUAUUAUUGUUCCCAAAUAAGGAAUCUGUUAUUCUGAGUGUGCUGCAAAUUUUUUGAUGCUAACUUAGCUAUUGUUUCAACUUUUGUCCUGCUGGGAGGUCUCAUUUGUUAAUUUUUAUUCACUGAUUUGUUUUCUUGAGUAUAUUGUGAUGUUUCAGCAGGAUUGAUGUUUCCCAGUGCCAUCCACGGUGUAAAGUUAUUAUUACAUCUGUCUUUACACCUUUUGUAGUAUUUUUUUUUUUGUAUUAACACUCAUUUUGAGUGCUUGUUCAUGUUUACAUUGACUGCCAGUGCAAGCUGUUACAAUCAGUGUACAACAUGACCCAUUCCAAUACGUUUUACCUACUCUGUGAUGCUUUUCCUCUGUGAUUCUGUGUGCCAUUAGUAUUUUACUCAAAAUUUGAUAUUGAUUGUGGACCAAUUUUAACUCUGUAGUUAGUGCCUGUGCUCGAACAAUACUGAUCUUAUGAACAAAAUGCACUUAUUAUGAUCUUUUGUAUAAUUAUCAAUCGCCGUAGUUAGUGCCUGUGCUCGGACAAUACUGAUCUUAUAAAUAAAAUGCACUUCUUAUUAUGA